AAUAUACAACACGGAGAGUGAGAGGGAAAUGAUGAGCACCCAAUUCACUACACAAUGACAGAAAAAUGACGGACAACCAGCCGGAUCUGAUCAUAGAUGAAUCAAGGCAGUAUGUCGAAAGUGCUGCGGAUGAAUCUCAAACACACAGCCCCCAUAGUAAAGUAGAGGCUAUUUCAGGUGACCAAGAACUUUUUCUAAAAGUUUUAGAAAAUUUGAAAAAUGCUGUUACAAAGCCUGAUAGUCAUGUUGCAUUACCAAAGAAACCGGCGACACAUGAGGAAGGAACAUAUGUGCAUUCAGCUGCAGUAACUUCCGCCGCACUCAUCUGGGAAAACGAAUCUCAAAAUUUUCUUGCAAGAUCUGAUGCUGACGAACCGGGAACUACAACAGUGACCGUAUCCGACAUAACAAAAUCUCGUAUCUUGCAAAAGCUUGCUCAUGAAAAAGCUUCAGUAUCUGCAGAGAAUGUGAAAGUACAAUCUGGUGAACAUGUGACCUUACCUUUGAUUACGCCUUUACAGGUGUCUGUUUCAAAAAAAGACAUUAAUUGUACUUCCGUGCCUAGUUUAGCUGGAAGAGUUGAAAGUGACCUUGUGACUCAGAAAGCACUGUAUACGGCCAGACCUGUUUCAUUUGUUAAAACAAACUUGACAAAAACAAGUGACAAGUUAGAGCGAAUAAAUCAAAAACAAAGCAGCCCGUCAGUGCAGUUAUAUCCGUGUAGUUACUGCGACUACUACAGCGAUAACAAAAGCUAUCUGAAACAACAUGUAGACUUUGUACAUAUAUCUGAUCGUCCUUUCAAGUGUCCGUACUGUGAAUACGCUGGGAAAAGGAGUCAUGCACUUCGUGAACAUUUGAUUGUGCAUACAGAUGAACGUCCAUUUCAGUGUACAGUUUGUAAAGCGACCUUUAGAAAGAAAGGUCAUUUAACCAAUCAUGUUAAACUUCAUAAUUCCAAAAGACUGGUAAAAUGUCCAUUGUGCAAAGCUCUUGUUUAUGAUACUGGUGAAAAUGGACUGGAUGCACACUUAAAGAAUGACCAUGACACAGAACGUUUAUAUGGUUGUGACCUUUGUGAUCAUAUUGCUGCAAAUGAGCCGGAUAUCUUAAAACAUUUAAGACAGACUCACAAAACUCGAAUUGUCUCACAUAAAUGUGAAAAAUGCCCAUAUGAAACGGCUAAUGGUGUUGAUUUUCAAGCACACAUAAAUGCACAUAAAUUGGCUGACACAAAUGUCAAUAUUGGGGAGAAUUCACAAGCCAAAAUUCUUGGUGUUGCUACAUUUGCUAAAGGUUCUGAACAAUUGGGAAUGCCAAAUACUAUCGUGAAAAUGAAGAAUGUAGAAUCAAGUUCCACAAAUGCAUCGAAGCAGCCAGCAGUGAUUAAGCCUGUAUGGAUAAAAUGUUCCGAAUGUGGGUUUACAGGUCAGGAUUCUGAAGUCAUCCGAACUCAUAUGCUUGAACAUCUUAAAGAACAAGGUGUAGAGAUUCUAUCCGAGAACAAUAUAAACGCAACACCGUCUAGCAUUGCUAAGACGCAGCCUGUAACCACAGAGCCAAAACAAACUUUGACACAAUUGCCAAACAGGUCUGAUAGUAUAACCAACUCACAGACACCUAUUCUUGUGCCAGUAACUAAUAUAGACUUCUUGCCAAAACAUGCUGGAAAAAUUGAUAUGAACUCUCCGAUCCUUGUGCCUGUAACAGAUGCCGAAAUGCUGAAAAGGUUGCAGCAGUCUGCCAUUCAACACAUGGGUACCAAAUCACUAGCUUCUACGACUGCAGCUCAGAAUACCACACAAAUGCCAAAGCCUAGUGCAACAGCAGCCAGUGCAAGUGACAUUCUAAAGCAGAAAAACAGACUGGCAGUAACUGGAGAGAAAGAGACAGUGCCGACGUCUGGACAGACCCCAUCUCUUCAGACUGUAUACAUUGUCCCGAAUGUUGUAAAUGUUCCAGCUCAGACAGUAGUUACACUUCCUUCACAUGGGACAAACCAGGAAGUACAGAAUCCAAGUCGCAAUGUGUUACCGCUGUCAAGUAGUGAAAGCUUAACUUCCUCAAGCAGACCACCACAAGUCAUUGUUACAUCAAGUGUUGCAUCUUCUCAGUUUUCAUCAGAGGUUCAGGAAAUUGGAGCUGGAAGAUUACAGGCACUAGGACACAGUCAACCACAGCAACCAGUAACUUUGACACGGAUACCUGUACCGAGAACAGAUGCACCGACGUCACCACCAAAAUUACCUCCAGAAAUAAUUAAGAUUACUUCUCCCAUUGAAGAAGACGUCAGUGAAAAUGAGAAAAAGACAGAAACAGAAAAAACACAAAGCCAAGAGACUGUGGAACCAUCAAAUGAAGAGAAACUUUUGUCUUUGAAAGAGAGUUUGGCUAAUGUUCAGCGCCUGAUUGAACAGCAAGAGAAACUCAGUAAACGUGUCAGUGGAGGGUCUCUUGUGAAAAUAGAUGCUAAGGAUGUCGCUAGUGCAAAAUCUGGAGGUAAAAAUGUUGUGUUCUAUGUUGAACCAGUUCCUAAACAGAAUUUGGGUGGAAAAACGCAGGUCAUUUCGGACUUCACACACGAUAGCGCUGUUGGAAGGUUUAAAUGUACACUGUGUGGAUACACAUGUGAACACCAAAGAACAAUAAAAGCCCAUAUUUGGAAGCACUCCGGUAACAAGAAUAUUGACUAUCCCAUGUUUCAAAAUGGCCCUCUUAGUGUGUACGAUGAUGAAUUGCCAGCAAGAAUUGAACGUAAUGAGAAUGUUAUUGAAAUUAUUACAUCUUCAAGUGAGGUGAACAAAGCAGUCAUGACACAUGUUCCACCAUUGGUAAAGAGUGCUGCAGAAGUUGAGCCGGCUAAAGUACCACCUUUCAUUGUGUAUGAAAAUACAAAAAUUAGUAAUGUCGCACCAGCUUUAGCUCAUCUAAUUGCUGCCCGAACUAUGGCAGGGAUGAAGAAAAAGGAUGGUGAUAUUGAUUCAACAACUAGCGAAAAUUCUUUGACUGAACAACCAUCUGAUAUAGAUUUGCAGGACAGGAAUUCUCUUGAUCCUGAUAAAGACAUUGAUCAUAACAACAAAGAAAAUAGACCAUUGUCAUCAGAUUCCACUAGUUGCCAGCUGAAUAUUACAUCAUCUUCUGUGAGAGACACUACCCCAGUUGUAUCCCAGAAUGUAGUUGUUGAAUCAAUAGCAGAUGCUUCAACAAGUGGAGGAUAUACCGGUUAUACAGGCUUGCAGAGUCAGCAGAACAGCCCGCGGGUCGGAGCUAGAUCCCCAGACUCCGGUAUAACAGAAAUGACUGUCAGAACUGCAGAUGAUACCGCAAGUAUGGUUUCCAGUGAGUUGAUAUCACCUGUUUCAAACUAUGAAAACAUGAACACUGAGAUAGGGGCAUUGAGAAGUGGUAGAAAGCGUGGAGUUAGACAACAGUCAUUUGGUACUGAUAUGAAUGAAAAUGCAGACAACCCAGAUGAUCCUUAUGCUAUGUCAUCAUCAAAAAAGGUCAAGGUUCUUCAGGCACAUGAGGAUUCUGCUGUGACUCUGCUGUCGCUUUUGAAGAAAGGUCCAAACUAUAACCCAGCUUGUCCUCCCAUGUCAAGUCAGGUUACGCAGCCACCUUUACCCGAAUACUCCAAUGUAUCUUCCCCAGGCCAGGAUGAUUCCAACAGCAUUGGAGAGUCGGAAAUGAGUGGAUCAAAACCAAAAUCGGGAAUAUCCACUUCUCUCUUGGCAGUCAUAGAACAACUACGCGAACGCUCCAAGUCCGACGCAGACGAGGAAAAACCUCUGCCACCUCCGGCAAAGAAAAUAUCAAAGCGACGAAGUAGGAAGAGCUCACAAGAAGACAACACACCUGCAUCAGGCAUAGAAAAUGUUGAAGAGUUUUCUAUCGAUGGUGAAGUAAGAUUCAGGUGUAAACUUUGCCACUAUACAAAUGAGAGCACAGUGUUAUUGCGCCAGCAUAUGAGAUUACAUAAACCGAAGCAGGAGUUUGAGUGUUCCUUGUGUGAUUUAAUCGCAGAAUCGAGUGAAGCAUUGCAAGAUCACAUGAUCCAGCACUGUAAAGUAAGGACAUACCAGUGUAAAUUAUGUAAUUCUACGUUCAAUUACAAGAGUCAGUUGCGUGCACAUAUGCGCAUGCAUAAUGACCAGGACAUUUUAUUUUGCGACUUUUGUGACUUUGAAACACGAAAUCUGUCUGGCAUGAAACUGCACACUAAAAGUCAUCUCACAAAACCUCCAUAUAAGUGUGACAGUUGCCAGGAAGACUUUAUUUCUAGUUAUAAUCUUAGAAUUCACAAACGGGAUGGAUGUAACACGAGCGCUGAGAAAAGUAACACAAGUUUCAAAUGUGACGAAUGCGACUUCGUGUUUUUUGGAAGACGUGAAAUGAAAAACCAUCUUCGCCUUCAUAUGGGUAGAAGCAAAGCAGCGGCACCAAAUCGGUGCCCAUAUUGUGAACAUUCUGAUUCAAGUAUUGAAAACAUUCAAAAGCAUGUUGCUGAAGUCCACGGAGAAUCAAAACCAUUAAAGUGUGACAUGUGUGGAUUUUUUGCAGUGUCCAUAAGAAGCCUAAAGUCUCAUAUGAAACGUCAUGUAAAUGAUCAAAGGUUUGUUGCACAGCCGCUAGAGCAGUAUAAAUGUAAUCUCUGUGGUUAUGUGUGCCACCAUUUACCGUCGCUUAAAUCACACAUGUGGCGUCAUGCUGCCGACCAGCAUUAUAGUUAUGAGUUCACAAAUGACGUCAUUAACGCUGCGAUUGAUUUUGAUGGUCAGACAGAUGUUUCAGAAACUACUAAGGCUCAUGUUGACAAAUUUAAAGCUCUCAUAUUUGAGAAGAUGAAAGCAAAGGGUCUUGAAAAUACUCAUGGCACACUAGAAGAAAGCGCAAUGGCGUGCUGUUGGGUAACUUUCCGAUGUUGCCAGUGUGGGUUCGAGACUAUAAAUAAGGCGGAGCUUAAUAUGCAUAUGAGUGAUCACAGUGAUAUCAUAAAGAUGACACUUGAGAUCGGUGACCAAACUGUCAUUAUUGAUAACCAGGGUAACGAAGUAGAGGUUUCAUAAAUCAUCAUGACAUAUUUUGUUAGAUAUUUUUCUUCCAAGAAUUGGAGGAAACAAUUUUUUAUUCUCUU